AUGAGGUCAAACAAUCCCCCAGGACCACUCAGGCCUCCAGCUUUGUCCUCGGUCGACCAAUUUGCCAAAGAAGUGCCUACCAUCAUAUCUCCACCUUCCCCGAUCACCUUAACGUCUCGUACCUUGCAAGGCAACGAUGCCGGCCACACUGGUUCCUCGUCGCUUCAUCCACGGAUAGCUGUGAUAUUAGGGGUUGACCGCAGGUGGUAUAUCCCUUUGCUGGUAUGCCGAGCACUGAGCACACUUCCCGCUGCAUGGUGGGGCUUACGAUGUGCCUUUACCUUUCUAGCUGAGCUGCUACAUAUUCGGCCUGGUAUGGGCCGUGAGGGUUGGGCAGCUGCGAUUGUUGGUAGUGUAGGACAAGAAUGGGAUGUUGAAAGGCAGUUUAGGGUGACUGAAGUGGCAUUGGCUAUCAUGUGGUGCUGCGCAUCUGCAUACCUUUCCUAUUUUUUCGCUGAUUGUAUGAUGUCACGUUGGCUUUUGAAUUACACCCCACCGGCUGUUGUGAUUCGUCUUUUGACAACAAACGGCCUGAUCGCAUAUAUCACUUCCUGGGUCCUUUAUUUAUCUGGUGCUUCCUCUGAUCCUCGGCUUCUAUUGCCAGCUUGGAUCUCAAUAACCACAACCCUAACAUUUGUGUACCAUGCCACACAAAACCAUGCAAAGAUCAAGCGUGAGACUGCUGCCUCCCUGUUAGUGGUAUCUAUGGCUAGCUUCAUUAGCAUGUCCUCGCUCCUACUACAACUACAUCUGACCCGUGAAAACGAGCCGGAAGUUCCCGUCUUUGUGAUUACCAGGAAACUAUGGGAUUGGGCUGUUGCAAUUUUCCUGCGCAUGCGGGUUGCAGAUGACCGCAUAUCCAGUGGGGAGUUAUGA